AUGAGCGUCGCUGAACAACUUUACACGCAAGGAUACAUUUCCUAUCCAAGAACGGAAACUACCGCCUAUCCAACGAAUUUUGACCUCAAAGGAGUUCUUCAGCAGCAAACUAAUAAUUCCAAGUGGGGAGAUGUUGUGAAAAGAGUUUUGAACGAAGGCAUACGGAAACCUCGUGGUGGUGAUGACAAGGGAGAUCAUCCUCCGAUUACGCCCAUGAAGCCUAACAAUGGGCAGCUUUCCGGAGACAUGGCUCGAAUUUAUGACUAUGUUGUGCAACACUUUGUCGCAACAUUAAUGGGUCCGUGCAUUUUCGAUGUGACCACAAUCACGAUCACAUCCGCUGAUGAGACGUUUACUUUAACGGGUAAAAUUGUAAAGGAUCCAGGUUUUACUGAAGUAAUGACGUGGUUAAAUGUAGAGGACGAUCAGAAACUGCCUAUUUUGGCUCGCGGUGACGAGCUCAUAUUGAAGGAAGCAAGUCUUGUUUCUCGCGAAACAUCACCACCUGGUUAUCUCACUGAAUCUGAGCUGAUCUCUCUGAUGGAAAAGCAUGGAAUUGGCACUGAUGCGUCUAUACCAGUUCAUAUCAAUACAAUUUGCCAAAGGAACUACGUGGAAAGCGGUCGCCGUCUGGUGCCCACUCGUCUAGGGAUCUCACUUGUGCACGGGUACUGGAGAGUAGAUCAUGAACUCGUACUGCCCACUAUGAGAGCUGAAGUGGAAACACAGUUAAAUCUUAUAGCCCAAGGAAAAGCGGACUAUCAUGAUGUAAGGGAUCAUGCACUUGAAAUGUUCCGCAUGAAAUUCGUCUACUACGUGAAGAACAUCGCACAAGUUGACACUUUGUUUGAAGCUUCUUUCACCUCUCUCGCUGAUUCCGGGAAGCCAUUCUCGCGAUGUGGCAAGUGUAGAAGGUAUAUGAAGCUAGUACCAACAAAACCUCAACGCCUAUUCUGCCCCACUUGCCAAGAAACAUACUCUGUGCCAAACUUCAAGGAUGGAGUUCUUCGUCCAUACGGAGAGAAGAAAUGCCCACUCGAUGAUUUCGAGCUGGUUUAUUGGAACGUUUAG